AUGGUGAUGCGAACGAGCCACAGAUGGGGCGGAGUAGGAGUGCAGACCCUGCUGCAGGGCACGAGGGCGCAGCGCGCUACAGUGCUGCUCAUGGGGAGGAGCACGGCGGAAGCGGCAAAGGGGAUGGGACUGCCGCGGCUCUACGCGAGCGGAUACCCGACCGCAUCGACUCGCCGCGGCGAAGACCCCGUGUGGCUACGGCCCGACAAGCCCACCACAGAGUCGAAAAAGAAGCAGCACGACGCUGGCGAUGGCGGGAACGGUUGCGUGGCCUUCUUCCGUGACAAUCGGGUGACGGAGGGACCGCCCGAGGGCGGAGACGGCGGCCCGGGCGGAGACGUCAUCGUGAUGGCGACGUCCGAGGAGCGCAACCUGGGCAACGUGGGCGGCUCAGUUCGAGCCGAGAGCGGUCGACCGGGAGGAAGCAACAUGCACGGCAAGACGGGCGAGCUGUUCACGAUCAAAGUGCCGCUUCCUCUGCAAAGGGACACGGGCGAGGAGGUGGUGGUCUUGGCAGACCUGGAGAAGGACGGUGACAGCAUCACGGUGGCGAAAGGCGGCAAGGGCGGAAAGGGUAAUCGGCAUUUCAAGUCGAGCACACAUCGCUCGCCCAAGUUCGCGCAGGACGGCGAAGCCGGCGAGGAGAAGAUGGUCGAGCUGGAACUCAAACUGCUGGCCCAAAUCGGCCUUGUAGGCUUUCCCAACGCAGGCAAGUCGACGAUGCUCAACGCGAUAUCGCGAGCGCGGUCGAAGAUUGCCAGCUACGCGUUCACGACCCUCUUCCCGAUGCUGGGUGUGGUCGAGUUCGACGACUACACGCGAAUGACGGUGGCCGAUCUGCCUGGCAUCAUCGACGGCGCGCACGAGAACCGCGGGCUGGGGCUUGCCUUCCUUCGUCACAUCGAAAGAACCAAGGUGCUGUGCUAUGUGCUGGACUUCUCGGGCAAGGGCACGGACCAGGCCGUGGAGCAGUACGAGGCCCUGCGGUUCGAGCUCGAGUGCUACCAGCCGGGCAUGACCAGCCGCCCAUCCGUGGUCGCCGCCAACAAGAUGGACCUCCCCAACUCCCAGGCCAACUUCGACUACUUCCAGGCGUACUUGAAGGACAAGGGAAUCCAGACGCCCAGCUUCGCUGUAUCGGCAGAGACUGGUCAGGGCCUGGAGGAGCUUCUGCUCACCCUUCGUCGCCAGGUCUUGUCGUCACCUCUCCAGAAGCCGCAACAGCAGCCCACAAGUACUACAACACCCAGCAUCAGUGCGCAGUGA